GAAUUACAUAUGGCGCUGGUUGGCUACUUUUUUCUUCUUUCCAAAAUCAAAAUUUAAUGUUCCUGAUUUUCAAUUUUGCAAGAGUACUUCCAUGGCACAGUAUAUCCAGGUUAGUGACGAAGAGGGUGACGAGCCGAUAGAAAUUCCUAGUGAGGAUGACGGUUCGUUGUUGCUCAGCACACUCGCCGCACAGUUUCCGGGGGCAUGUGGAAUGAAAUACAGAAAUCCAAGCACUGGAAAUUUUCGUGGAAUUAGACUAUCAGAGGGAAGACUGCAUCCACCAGAUGGAGUUUGGGGAAAUUUUGUUUACAUUGUUGUAUUCCCCAAAGAUAAUGUGAUGAUAAAACGCAAAGGAGAUGAGGCUGGUGAAAAUUCAGUGGCAAAGAAUAAAUGUGUUGAUAAACAAAGAUGCAGUGAUCUCAUUGUUCUUGGCUUACCUUGGAAAAGUAAUGAAGAUGAUCUGCGCAGAUACUUCUCUUCAUUUGGAGAACUGCUUCUUGUACAAGUGAAGAGAGAUGUGAAAACAGGAGCAUCAAAAGGGUUUGGCUUUAUUCGAUUUUUAGAGUAUGAUUCACAAGUAAAGGUUUUGGCACAAAGACACAUGAUUGAUGGAAGAUGGUGUGAUGUAGCUAUUCCAAAUUCAAAUGAAGGUGCUGCAGAAAUGGUUAGCAGAAAAGUUUUUGUAGCAAGAUGCACUGAAGACAUAACAGCUGAUGACCUAAAAAGUUACUUUUGCAAAUAUGGGGAAGUGUCCGAUGUUUUCAUUCCCAAACCCUUCCGAGCAUUUGCUUUUGUUACUUUUGCAGAUCACAGGGUUGCUCGAUCUCUUUGUGGGGAAGACCAUAUUAUCAAGGGUGCAAGUGUUCAUGUCACCACAGCGGCUCCCAAAAAUGCAGACAGAAAUGAUAACAGGGGCAGAUUUGAUCAUGGAGGAAGUGGGAGGGGAGGGGGACAUGGGGGGUGGAGCCAGCAAGGUAAACCAAUUGCUACUGUAGGUACAGUUCCACCUGUUCCUGACCCAAACAUGGCUAAUAGCAUAGGCAUGAAUUUAUUGAAUUCAGCUGUGCUAGCAGCAGCCCAGGCUAUGUUACAAAGUCAAGGUCAGUUACCAGCACCCCAACCACAGCCAGUGGGUCAAGGUCAUGGGGAUCCUUUUGGUGUUCAAACCACAACUGCCAGACAGACCCAGCAAACAGGGUUCUUUAGUACUCAGAACUCUGCAGGCUGGGGGACAGCUGACACCAACACAUCCGCAGGCGGAUAUCCCAACUGGGGAGGAAACAGCCAUCAGAGUGGUUGGAGUUAAUGUAUGGGAGGAUACAUUGUUUGGUGUGCGUCAGUGUGGUGUUGAUUUUUUUUUUAUAUGCAGAGUGCGAAGCCUUGUGUUUAUUAGGGCUGGAAUGAUAUGGGAAGACAGACUUCUAUGAUCCAUGCAUCUACUGCUUGUAGUAUAUAUCUGUUCCUAUAUUUUGAAUGUAUAUCAAAAAUUACAUGUAUAGCCAAGUCAAUACAUAAGUUAUGUUAAAUUAAUUCUUUUAAUCCAAAGACAAAAAGUCCUGAACAAAUAUUUUUCCUCUCGUAAAAAAAAUAUCAAAGACU